UCCAAGGCAACCCCGGGGCCUCUAAGCAACCGCGCGCGCAGCCCAGAGCCGGCCUCCUACGCCUUUCCCUUGCCAUGACCGCGGCGAAUCCCAGUGUUUUCCUGCUCAUGGUAAACGGCCAGGUGGAGAGCGCCCAGUUUCCAGAGUAUGAUGACCUCUACUGCAAAUACUGCUUUGUGUACGGCCAGGACUGGGCACCCACCGCGGGCCUGGAGGAGGGUAUCUCACAGAUUACAUCCAAGAGCCAAGAUGUGCGGCAAGUGCUGGUGUGGAACUUCCCCAUUGAUGUCACCUUUAAGAGCACCAACCCCUAUGGCUGGCCACAGAUUGUGCUCAGCGUGUAUGGACCAGACGUGUUUGGGAACGACGUGGUCCGAGGCUAUGGGGCAGUGCAUGUGCCCUUCUCACCUGGAAGGCACAAAAGGACCAUCGCCAUGUUUGUGCCAGAGUCUACAUCUAAACUGCAGAAGUUUACAAGCUGGUUCAUGGGACGACGGCCUGAGUACACGGACCCUAAGGUGGUGGCACAGGGUGAAGGCCGGGAAGUGACCCGAGUCCGCUCUCAGGGCUUUGUCACCCUACUUUUCAACGUGGUAACCAAGGACAUGAGGAAGCUGGGCUACGACACUGGGCCUGCAGACACACAGGACAUCCCCAGGUGAAGACACUGGCUUCCUGUACACAGCCAUCCUGAGUCUGGCUGGGUAGCUUAGCAACCCCUCAAUACACAAGGGCUGCUUUCUGGAGUCAGCUCCUGACCCAGCAGCCUAAAGUACAGCCUGGUGCUACGGGGGGCUGGGGACCAAAGUUCUAUAUAUAAUAAAGUCAGUUUUCAGACA